ACCGAGAUGAAGAGCACUCACUGAACCCAUGUGGUUCAGCCACCAGGAGAUCAUGAUGGUGGACUAGCAGUGACGCAGUGGGCGACUCCUCCUUCUAUUUGCCCUCUUACUUUUACAGUUGCUUUAUUGUUAUACGUCACUGUGGAAUACGAUUUGAAGACAGAAAACAGGUGUGUGUGAAGCCGUGUCCGAUAUAGGUUUGUUUCUUGCCAGCAAGCGGUCGUGGCUAGCGCUGCUUUGCUGAGGUCUGGUCUGUCUACAUCUGUUCUCACUACUGUCUGUGUGUGAGAGAGGAUGGAUCCAGAUGCUUCUGGCGGGAGACGGGGGAAUUCUCCGGCCCCUAAACACAGCAGCCUCAACAGCGGCAGCAGCAGCAACAGCAACAACAGCAGCAUGAAUUCCGCCGCCAACACCAUCACCACCAACAACGCCGUUGCUUCGUCCGCCGUGUCAGGGUCGUCCAGUAACUCUCCCAUCACCACCACCACCACCAGCAACAACAGCACCACCAACGGUGGCACCAUCAGCAUCCACAACCACAACAUCAACCACCACAACAACAACAAUAACAACGACGACGACAACGGCAACGCCUCCUCCGACAUGAACGAGGUGGACUUCGACAAAGCGGACACGCCCACCAACGCGCACCACCGCACCCACAACAACAGCGCCAGCCGCGGCGACCCGGAGCAGAGCGCGGGCAGCUACAGCCCCAAGUCGGAGAAGUCCGGGAAGUCGUCGGCCAAGAAGAAGGCCACCAGCAAGUCCAGCCUCAAGAUGGCGGUGGACAAGAAGAAGCUGGAGAAGUUUGUGGGCGAGGGGGAACAACUCCUGCCCGUGCCGCGCGCUCGCCGCCGCCUCAAGGGCAGCGAUCUCGGGUACAUGGUGAAGAGGGGGGAGUCGGUGGUGCGCUACAUCGACAAGGACGGGAUUGUGUAUAACCCUAACGACACCGCCUAUUUACAGAACAGAGAGAAAGGCAAGCCGUACUUCGUAUGUGCGAUACAGCGCUUCAAUUUG